AUGGAUGAUGAUCUAAAGCCUCUGGAUUUCAUAAAGGACUUUCAAGAGUACCUGACACAGCAAACACACCAUGUCAACAUGAUCUCCGGCUCCGUCGGUGGGGAGAUAGAGCCUGACCACCUCCAAGCUGGUGAGACCCGUUAUGAACACAUCAAAGAAGUUUACUUGACUUUAUGAUGCGUCUUUUCAAAUGUCCAAAAUAGGCCAUAUCCCUAAUUUCCCUAAGCAUUCGGGAAAUUAAACCAGUGGAACAGGGACCAGCGCUACGGGGAAUAGCCUAAUAGGUCUGUUUUCAUGUUUUUGUAAUGUUUUAAAAAAAAUUGUUUGUCAUCCAAAACCCGUAGAAAUAUGGCCGUGUGGGAACCUAACCCGUAGUCUGUCACCAUAGCAACACCCACCCGUAGUCUGCGCUCCAGCAGGUAUAUCUCACUGGUCAUCCCUAAAGCCAACACCUCCUUUGGCCGCCAUUCCUUCCAGUUCUCUGCUGCCAAUGAGCUUACCGAUCACUGCACCUGUACACAGCCUUUCUGAAAUUAGCCCACCCAACUACCUCAUCCCCAUAUUGUUAUUUAUUUUGCUCAUUUGCACCCCAGUAUCUCUAUUUGCACAUCUAUCAUUCCAGUGUUAAUACGAAAUUGUAACUAUUUUGCACUAUGGCCUAUUUAUUGCCUUACCUCCAUAACUUACUACAUUCGCACACACUGUAUAUAUAUUUUCUGUUGUAUUUUUUGACUUUAUGUUUUGUUUUACCCCAUAUGUAACUCUGUGUUGUUGUUUUUAUCGCACUGCUUUGCUUUAUCUUGGCCAGGUCGCAGUUGUAAAUGAGAACUUGUUCUCAACUGGCUUCUUACCUGGUUAAAUAAAGGUGAAAUAAAUAAUAAUAAAAAAAAUAAAAAGGGGUCCUCUGGAGGAGCAAGAAGUGGUUUUGCUGUUAAGAUACCAUAUUGUGGAGAUAUUUACUUAACAAAGAUGGCCUAAUGCAUCUCAAGUGAUCUAAUGCAUCUCAAGCACCAGACAUAAACUGGACUGACACUAAUGGAUUCUGACUAGAUUGUCUGCCAGAAUCAAUUUUUCACCAGGAAAUUGAUCAGUGUGUCAAUGUAAAGUGUGAUUUUACAAAUCAUGCUUCCGGAUAAGUUGUAGAUGUGAUUUGAGCUACAGACCUAGGCUUUUUGUGUGAGGUUGGGUAUUGUUACAGGAAUCAAUUUCCGGUGAAAAAGGGUACUAUAAAGUAUCUAUUCAAUUCAAUUCUAUGUCUUGUCGGCUCCUCUCCUCUCCCAGUGGCAGCAGCUAUCCCGGAGAUUGAUCAUCAGAAUGGGUCAGUGGAAGUCUCUCUGGACGACCGCUCCGGGCUGCUGGUGGACGGCUUCCAGAGGACCUACGACGGCAAGCUCAAGUGUAGCUACUGCAGCUACGCCAGUAAAGGCACCGCUCGCCUGAUAGAGCACAUCAGAAUUCACACAGGUAAAAUUUACCAUCCUCGUCUGGCAUUUGCCCAAAAUGCCAGAUGGUCAGUCUAACCCCUGCACGGGUCCAUAUAGUUAGGAUCUUAUCUUUUUACGUGUGUUUUAUAAUAAUAAAUAAUAAUAAUAUGCCAUUUAGCAGACACUUUUAUCCAAAGCCACUUACAGUCAUGCGUGCAUACAUUUUUUGUGUAUGGGUGGUCCCGGGGAUCGAACCCACUACUUUGGCGUUACAAGCGCCGUGCUCUACCAGCUGAGCUACAGAGGACCACUUUAUAUUGUGUGACAUAACAUUUAAUGUACGUUGGAUAUGUACCGAGACGUUCAAAUAAACCCCUCUUGGUUGAUUUAACAGGAGAGAAGCCUCACCACUGCCAGCUGUGCCCCUUCGCCUCUGCCUACGAGCGCCACCUUGAGGCCCACAUGCGCUCCCACACUGGAGAGAAGCCCUACAAGUGUGACCUCUGCUCCUUCCGCUGCAGCGACCGCAGUAACCUGUCCCACCACCGACGGCGCCGCCACAAGCUUUUACCCACGAAGGGGUCGGGGCUGCCCUCCUCCCUCUCCGACGACAAGAAGAAGAUGCUGAGCGUCCUACAGAAGAACAGUGGGCUGGGAGGCUACAGCAGACGCCUCCUCAUCGACUUCAGCCCUCCCUCCAUGGUUGUGGGGAAACCAGACUACCUGAACCAUGAGGUGUCUGAGAGCAUGGAGAAGAACCAUGGGACUGGAGGAGGAGGAGGAGGAGGCGGGGCCAGCAGGGAUGUCCACAGUGACAUGAUGGUGGUCAGCAAUCCACUGAACCAGCUGUCUACGCUGGCAGGUCAGUUGUCCGACCUCCCCCAAGAGGACCAGACCCCUGUGUCUCCUGACAGACUGUCCUGUCACGACGUCAAGCCUUUCCUCAUCCAGCAGGAAUCUGGUGCACCGAUUGCAGUAUCGGUGUCUUUGUCCACCAGUCAAAGUGGUGCCCACCACCACUACCACCACCACCACCACCAUACCUCCUCCCCAACCAGCCCCGAGGACCUCCAGCCCCCUGCAGGCCAUAGCAGGAACUACAGCCCCAGCCCUGUGGACCCAGAACCCAGCAGUGAGCACAGUACACACACACGCACCAGCUCAGCUAGCAUUAGUAACAGCCAGCCCAGUACCCCUGCCCUGCCCGGUAGCACACAGGACCCAGACCCACAGAUGCUGCACAGCUGCCAGCACUGCGACACCUACUUCUCGGACAACAUCAUGUAUACCAUUCACAUGGGUUGCCACGGCUACGAGAACCCCUUCCAGUGCAAUAUCUGCGGCUGCAAGUGCAGGAACAAGUAUGACUUUGCCUGCCACUUUGCUCGCGGGCAGCACAAGCAUUGA